AUGGCCUCUCCCAUAUUAUUUGUCAAAAAGAAAAAUGGGAAACUACGCAUGUGUGUGGAUUACCGGCAUCUGAACAGUAUGACCAAGAAAAACGUCUAUCCCCUGCCCUUGCCACAGAAUCUCAUUGAGAAAUUACAAGGUGCCAAGAUCUUUAGCAAAUUCAAUCUUAAGGCAGGAUACAACCUAGUCCAAAUCAAAGAAGGCAAUGAAUGGAAAACCGCUUUCAAAACAAAAUACGGACUAUUUGAAUAUUUGGUCAUGCCCUUUGGACUAACAAAUGCACCGGCAGCCUUUCAAGACAUGAUGAAUGAGAUAUUCAGGGACCUUCUGGAUGUCUACGUUAUCAUAUAUUUGGACAAUAUUCUAGUAUUCUCUCUUAACAAAAAAGACCAUGAAGCCCAUGUGCAAGAAGUGCUUAAAAGGCUGCAGGAUAACAACCUUUUUUGUAAUAUAGAGAAAUGUCAUUUCCACGUCAAAAGGAUCAACUACCUAGGAUUCAUUAUAUUGGAAUUUGGCAUAGAAGUAGAUCAAUCCAAGGUCACAGAUGCAAUGAAUUGGUCAACGCCUAAGAAUGUCAAGAAUAUUCAGGAAUUCUUAGGGUUUGUAAAUUUCUAUAGACAAUUUAUUCCAAACUUUGGUAAUAUGGCACAACCUCUGUACAACCUGCUCAAAAAAGAUAGUAUUUGGAAAUGGGAACAGGCGGAACAACAAUCCUUUGAUGGCCUGAAGAAAUGUCUUACAUCAGCACCUCUACUUUUACAGCCCAACACUACAAAACAAUUCUACGUAGAAUGCAAUGCAUCCGAUUACGCAACAGGAGCCAUAUUAUCCCAGCGCAACCCUGAAGGAAAACUGGCCCCUGUAGCAUAUCUAUCAAAAUCCCUGUCACCGGCUGAAAAGAACUACAAUAUUUUUGACAAAGAGCUGUUAGCAGUCAUUAGGGCAUUCAAGGAAUGGCGUCAUCUAUUAGAGGGGUUGGAAUUACCAGUCCAGGUUCUCACGGAUCAUAAGAACCUGGAGCACUUCUCCACAUCACAAUCCUUGAAUAAACAACAAAUUCAAUGGGCCAACUUCCUGGUUGAUUAUAACUUCCAAAUUAUCUACAGACCUGGAGCGCAAAACAAGAAGGCGGAUAUUCUCUCAAGACAAUAUGAUUUAGAAAUUAAUGACCUGAUUGGUGAAGCAAUCUACAAGGAUGAACGCCUUAAGGAAAUCUUGUACAAACUUCAGAACAAGGAUAAAGUAGUCAACUGGGAGUUAAAAGAAGGAUUACUAUGGUAUCAAGGAAAAAUCUUUGUACCCAGAGAUGAUACUAUUAGGAACCUCAUCUUGGAGUCUAGACAUGACGCAUUAGCUGCAGGACACCCAGGACAAACCAGGACACUAGAACUUAUUUCCAGGAGUUAUUACUGGCCAUUGCUGAAAAAGUUUGUCAAUUCUUAUGUCAGCCACUGCAAAACCUGUAUCAGGUCCAAGCCAACAAAUCAAGUACCUGUAGGACUGCUAAAGCCAUUGCAAAUUCCUGAACGUCCCUGGGAAGAUAUAGCCUAUGACAUGAUUGUGGGACUACCAAUUUCAGAAGGCUUUGACGCCAUCCUUACUGUCAUUGACCGUUUCUCAAAAAUGGUUCACUUUAUUCCUACCCAAUCCACAGCAUCGGCUAUUGACAUUGCCAACUUAUUUAUUACAUACAUCUGGAAAUUACAUGGCCUUCCCAAGAGUACAGUUUCAGAUAGAGGCCCUACAUUUAAUGCCAAGUUUAUUUGUCACCUAUAUAAAAGGCUAGACAUCAAGCCUACAUAUUCUACAGCCUACCAUCCUCAAACAGAUGACUGGGUGUCACUAUUGCCAUUGGCCGAAUUUGCCUUGAACAAUUUGAAACAGACUUCCACAGGCAAAUCCCCUUUCCAAAUAUGUUACGGCUAUAAUCCAAGAUUUACAGUUGGUCAAAAGUCAGAUGAAUCAGUCCCUAACGCAGAAGAACAUGCGGAAUUCCUAGAAAAGGGCUAUGAUGAAGUCAAGGCAGCGUUAUCAAUAUCCCAAGAAAGGAUGAAACACUUCUAUGAUCAACGUCACAGGGAAGAAGAAGAAAUUCAAGUAGGGAACAAAGUUUGGCUAAAUCAUCAAAAUAUAUCCACCAAUAGACCAUCCAUCAAGCUUAGCCACAAAAAGCUAGGUCCCUACUUGGUAAUUGAAAAAAUUGGAUCACAUGCGUAUAAAUUACAACUACCCCAUACCAUGCGCAUACAUCCAGUCUUUCACAUUAAUCUUCUGACAAAAUUCCAUCCUGACCCUCAUGGACGCAAUCCUCCUCAACCUGCACCUAUCAUCACAGAAGAAGGUGAAGAGGAAUACAAAGUAGAGAAGAUCCUAGAUAGCAAGUGGAAAGGACGAGGAAAGACAAAGAAGUUAUGGUAUCUGGUCAAAUGGAAAGGUUAUGAUGAAGGAAGUAACUUGUGGGAGCCAAUAGACAAUGUGGGAAAUGCUCAAGAAGUCCUAGAGGAAUUUCACAAGGAACACCCCAACGCAGUUGGAGCUUAA